CAGAAACACACUACAUCUAAAAAAUGGACCAAACUCUAUUUUUCAUUCUUCUUCUCACUGCUGUCUGCUCCGUAUCUGAAUGUGUUCAGCGUCAGUAUCACUUUAUAAAUGAGAUCAAGACCUGGACUGAAGCUCAGAGAUACUGCAGAGAGAAAUACUCAGAUCUGGCCACCGUUGACAACAUGAACGACAUGAAUGAGCUGAAGAAGAGUGUGAAUUAUAGAAUUUCUCAGUAUGUCUGGAUUGGGCUCCAGAAGAUGAGUCGUGAUGAAUGGCAGUGGUCUUCAGGUGAAACUGCACUCUAUCUGAACUGGGCUACUGGACAACCAGAUAGCAGAGAUGAUUGUGCUAUGAUGAGAAAUGGACAAUGGCAUGAUUUGCCAUGUGGUGAAAACAAGUACUUCAUUUGCAACAACACAAACACAGGACUCGUCCUUGUCAAUCAGACGAUGAAUUGGAGAGACGCUCAGAUUUACUGCAGACAGAAUCACAUUGAUCUGGUCAGUGUGAGGAACCAGAAUGAGAGUCAACUGCUUGAGAAGAUCAUUAGUGAUAGAAAUUUAUCUGGAUCACAUGUCUGGAUCGGUCUGUUCAGAGACUCAUGGCAGUGGUCAGAUCUGAGUAACUCCUCAUUCAGAUACUGGAAUCCAGAUAAACUGUUUCUGAUCAAAGAGAAUCUGACGUGGUCUGAAGCGCUGAGAUACUGCAGAAAGAAUCAUAUGGAUCUGGUCUCGGUUCAUUCAGAAGAGAUUCAGCGUCGUGUGAUGAAUGUGGUUAAACGGGCGUCUACUGCGGCGGUGUGGUUGGGUUUACACAACUACUGCAGCAUGAACAUGUGGCUCUGGGUCAGUGUAGAGGUUGUGUGCUAUCACAACUGGGCUCCAGGGAACGGAACGACACCGGAAAACUGCAGCCUCGAGAGAAGAAAAGGAGCAGUUCAGUCUGGAGGAGAUCAGCGUUGGAUCAGCCUUCCUGAAUCUCUCAAACUCAACUUUAUCUGCAGAAAGAAAGAGUGAGGAACAUGCUAACGUGUUUACUUACAUUCACAGUUUUCUGAGGCUACUUCAUUAUUUUUCCUGUUUACUUUUAUGUUUAAUUUGUUCUAUAGUAGGUUCUGUGUGAAUCUACUUAUUGGGUUUAAAAAGUGGUCAAAGUCUGUUUUAUUUCUGUAUUAUGAAAUAUGUGUUUUUUUAAGAUAGAAACUCUUUGUAUAUCUGGUGUGAUUAUGACUCUUUAUGUUUUGCGCUAAUCAUAUCUUUUGAACGCAAACACAAGACGCCGCACUAGAGGUGGCUGAUCUUCCCAAAAUAUCAAAAUUUUAAUUUUUUUUUGUUUGAUUAACAUUAAUGACGCAGAUUAAGACCGAAUGCACGUAUGUAAUAUACUGGCCAGUGCUGGGCUAAGUUACUUUUAAAAGUAAUCCAUUACAAUAAUGUGUUACUCCUUUUAAAAGUAACUAAUUACGUUACUUCGUUACUUUAUAUGUAAAGUAAUGCGUUACGUUACUUUUGAGUUACUUUUGCGUUACUUUCUAAAUCUGGGCAGAUUUUUGUUUUUCUAAUAUAAAAAGUUCUAUUUUUAAGCAAAUUUAAGACCUGGCUUUUAGUGAAAUGAGUAAGCCUACAGUAUCAUCAUGUUCACAUAGUGCACACAACGCCUCUGUAUUUCCAAUUUCUCUCAACAUGUGGCCAGGAGACUAGUCAGUCAAUAAAUGGGAAAACAAAGUAACUGGCAUUACGUUUUUGAAAAAGUAACUUAGAUAUUUUCUUGUAAAUAAAAAAUUAAUGCGUUACUUUACUAGUUACUUGAAAAAAGUAAUCUGAUUACAUAACUCCUGUUACUUCUAAUGAUACUGGCACACAUACGAUUUCCUUCUCAGCUGUUUAUGUUCACUUCAGACAUAACUGGCCCAGCAAACACAACUACACUGUAAAAAUCUGCUCUUUUUGUUUUUGUUUUGUCACAGUGUGAAAUGUCAAAGUACUUUAUAUGACAGAUGUAGUUUU